UGGAACAACAAAGCCUACGAUCUCCGGGGUGCCCUCUACAUAAAAGCCUGCCCAUAUCCAUAGUCUGGAAACCGGUCGCAUCGUACUUUCCCGUCCGAUAUUUCAGUUGCGUGGCAUAUACUUCGACAAAAUGGCCGCCGAAAAGCGUGAGAAGCUCGAAGCCCAGAUUAAGUCUGUGGACAUGACCGAGGACAUGCAGCAGGAGGCUAUUGAAGUUGCGACUGAGGCCAUGGACAAGUUUCACAUUGAAAAGGAUAUUGCGCAGUACAUCAAGAAAGAGUUCGACUCUCGCAAGGGCGCUACAUGGCACUGCAUAGUAGGACGGAACUUUGGCAGCUUCGUCACUCACGAGACGAAGCACUUUAUCUACUUUUACCUCGGUCACUGCGCGAUCCUCCUCUUCAAGACUCAAUAAAUUUACCCCUAAAAUCUACCUUCUUUUUUUUGAUGACUCGAACAUGAGACCUGGUGGUUUCAGUCCCAGUGAAUGGGACCUUGUAUUCCGAGUGAUGUAUUAAUGCACUGUAACUUUUUGUUUUUUGUUAUCACAAAAUUUAGCUCCGCACACAUUGCUCAAUGGUAUUUCAUAUCUCUCCCGACGUCUGGCGGUUUAAGAGGGAAAUGGUUAUGCUAAGGGUCGUCCUCAGACAGUUGGAAGUUUCAGCUGUGGAUCUGAUGUUGUGCAGCAGGGGGCUUCUAAUGAAAAUGAAGUAUUUCUGUAGGAGCAUCUGGUAGAUACACGUCUGGAGCAGCUACGAGGGUUCGAAUAAAAUAAACUAUGCAAUUAUAAUGCUAUUAAGACAAUGAUUGCCG